CUUGCGCUAAUUCCACUGAGUUUUGGCGAUAUACAUGCCUUUGUCACCUCGCCGCCUUUUCAGAUAAUACAUAAUAGGCUAUAAAAGUGGAGAAGUGCCAAGAAUAGUCUAUUUUACCUAGCCAACCACCAUCUAACUAACUUUGAAGAAAUUAGAAUGUGUUCCCGAGGUUAGAAGAGAAGUCACCUCUAGACUCGAUCGAGUUCUGCGGUGUUGCCCGUGGCGUUGGAACAUAGGUUGGGCUCAACCUCAUAUCAACAGUUUUUUUUAGUUGACACCACGUCAGUGUCAUCUGAGCAGUAACUAUCUUCAUGCCAGUCAUCGUGCGUUGUCACGGUCAUACUGCUGUGUCGUGCGCUCCAAAUCCGGACAGGACGAGCAAAAGGUGGGAUCGUUUGUUGGACGGGCAUGAAGCCUUGAAGGUGGCUAGGUGGGUCCCUGUGACUGUCCAGUGCGAUAGCUGAGCUUUGAUACAGCGGUGAUAAAGAGUACCUACGACUUAUGUCCAUAAAUGUGAAUCUUGCUGGUAGAUCUACACGCUUACACAUAUCCACUGCGACUGUCAUGACACUCCGGGAAUCCUUGUCGAGUACCUGACCACCAAGAACCGCGUGUAUGUAGUAGAAACGCCCUGCGCUGCUCCUGGCUGUGCAUGUGACUACCUGCACCAGGAGAUCUACCAGUCUAGUCGACAUGGCAGCGUCGUCCACCACGUCCGUGGUGUGAGCCGAAUAACUCAGCAGCAGUGCACGCGUGUCAUUUCGUCCGCGUUGUGUGUGAAUGUCCGCCCUGAAUGACCUGUCGAUGUCCGUAGAUCUGCGUGGCUGUAGGGUGUGUUGGUGACAAGAUUGCAGUUCGUUCAGUUUCGGAAUUCAUUGCUAGGAGUAGAAUAUUGCCCUUUUAUUUUAUUAUUAUUUUAUCAUUGAUAGAUGGCAAGACGUUACAGUUCGUAGCGAAGGCGGGCCUGAACCACGUAACGUCGUUAUUGAAAACUGCAGCUACAGUGAAUAGUAGUCUUUCUUUCGACCGUGUCAGCUGGAUAGUGGACAAGUGCAUUUUACAGAUUUGGCCCUGAACGGCGGAAGAUGGUCGGGGGAGUUACAGCGGCUGUUGCGCAGCUGACGCUGGUAGCACUCUGCUUCCUGUGUCCGUGCUACGACUCUCAACCACUAACUCAAGCCACCACGCUAGACCAAGGAGAAUACUUCAAUGUUCCAUUGAGACCUUGCCUUGGCACACAGCUAGGGCCCAUAGCAGAGCUACAUGGCAACAGUAGCAGUGAGCGGCUGGCAAUCUACAGACAAAUCUAUACCAAUUGUACGUAUGUGGAGUACAAUCUGGAACUGGUGGGUCUGGACGCCCAGGCGGACCUGUCCUUUCUCUCUUCCAUCACCACGGUGUCUGGAUACAUCCUGAUCUCAGGCACUCAGCUAAGUGUUGUCUCUCUUCCGGAGCUCUACAUCGUCUAUGGCGUUCAGCAGCUCUCCAGGAAUACUCUGUACGUGUCCAACAACCCAGUGCUGACGGAGCUGCGGUUGCCGCGACUGCGUGAAAUAACCAGUGGUUCAGUGGCGUUCGUGGCCAACCCGCUCCUCUGCUACGUUCGCUACAGUGUGAACUGGCGUGCCUUGCAAAGAGAUCCCAACGGGAAUGACCUCACCGGAGCUGCAUCCAUGGCUAGCUGCCCGGGUUCGUGUGGUACAUCAAACUGCUGGGGUAACACGACCUCUCAGAUGCAGCCUUACAAUCAGGGUGGCACGGCAGCCUGUGGUGGUUCAUGCACCGACUCAUCAAUGCGCUGUAUUGCCGGUGGUGCCAGCGGUUGCUGUCACGGGGACUGUGCAGCAGGGUGUAAUGAAACUGGCACUAUAGACAAAUGCUUUGCUUGCAGGGACAUUAGUGCAAAUAGCCGGCUUCUCGCCUACGACCCAGCAAAGGGCUGUGCUCCGGAAAUGGAAUGUUCAACCGGUCAUGCUGCUUUCAUGCGCUGCAUUCCAACCUGUCCAGAACCCUUCCUGAAAGUGCAAAACGAGCCAGCUUGCCUUCGUGGCUGUGGUGUCCUAAAGGCUGAUUUCCAGGGACGUGCGUGUACGCGACGGCCACCAAACUCAACCGUGAAAGUGUGCAGCCUUGCUUAUCAAAAUGGAUAUUUCCCACUGAUUCACGGUGGCAACAUCCAGAGUCUGAAUGGCUGUCAGAUUCUACACGGCAGUGUGUUGAUUAAUCAACUCUCUUUCACAGGGUUCACACAAGGCGGUAUUGCUAUCACUCCGCUGUCACUAAGCGAUUUGAAGUACUUCGCCAGCCUUGAAGCGAUCCAGGGUUUCCUUGCGGUUGUCGACGUGGCUGCGUCACUGAUCGACUUGAGCUUCUUCACUAGCCUGGUUGAAGUGUACGGUAGCUACGACACCUAUCGGCCAUAUUACUCUGUUUACAUCUCGGGCAACAGUCAGCUGCGGUCAUUCAACUUUCCUAACCUACUGCGUGUGCAGUAUGGCAAUAUUCUCAUCCAGAACAAUCCGAAUUUCUGCUCCGACGUCAGCUGGUCAGAUGCUGUGAGAGUGUUCAACCCGCAAGCGCCUGCCGUUACCAUAGCAAACAAUCAGAACCAAUCUGAGUGUGCAAGAGUUGGUUUAUCCUGUGACAGCCAGUGCAACUCCACAUCAGGAUGCUGGGGACCCAGACCAGACCAAUGCCAGGCUUGUCAACAUCUCAAGUACAGAGGGAACUGUGUGGCGGCUUGCAACUUUGACAGUGUUCUUCAGCAGUGUGUCAAGUGCGAUAGCAACUGUUUGAAUGAUAGCUGCUCUGGACCGACCGGCGGCAACUGUACCAAGGGAUGUGUGGGCCUGCAGCAAGGCUCAGAGUGCGUAUCAGCUUGUUAUGGCCCGUAUUAUACAUCGACAUCAGUCAGCACUGCGGGCACAUCAUGUCAGCAAUGUAGCUCACGCUGUGGGCGCUCUCCGAGCUCCUCUGAUGGCUCCACACUCAGCUACUGCACCGGACCUGGCUCCUACAUCAACAGCCGUACAAACAGUAGCCGCAUGGCUGGAUGCAGCUACUGCCCAAGAGUUCAAGAAGUUGAUUCUGAACAAGCUGAAACAGUGUACGAAUGUUUAGAAGCGGACUUACAAGCGUUUCCGUGCCCAAAUGGCUACUAUCCUGGCCGCACCACCUUAUCUAAUGUGACUGGGAGUCCGGUAGCCGAAGCUUGCAUCAAGUGCCAUCCUCAGUGCUCCUCCUGCACCGCAGGGUCCAACACGGUCACUUCCUGUGUCUGCAAGAACGUCGAAGGGUCGGGGCGCUGCAUAGCCCGGUGCAAUUCCGGCUACCCGAACGCCCGCAAUGUGUGCGUCACUCAGUGUAACCCUGAGUGCUUUGGGGCAGGUCAGUGCUCUGGUCCCACAAACUUUGAUUGCCUCCAGAACUGCGUCAACCUGGAAGUGAAACGUCCAAACGGCACCCAAUGUGUGUCAACGUGUCCGUCGGACCUGCCAUACCACACUCCGGAGGAUAAGGAUUGCAUCUCGGCAUGUCCUCCGUUGAAUUUCAUUACUCCCUCCAAUGGCCAGUGCACGCCGUGUCAUGCCCAGUGCAGCGAUGGCUGUAGUGAUGGAUCAGCGGCGUCAUGCGUGGAGUGCCAGAACUUCUACGACAACGUCACCGGCAGUUGUGUAGGGUCUUGCUUGCCGGGCACAGCAGUGAACGUCAGUACGGAGAUGAACACUACUUGUUACUUACUACCCAGGAAUGAUACAGAGCAAGCUACCCAGGCGCCAUCCAGCAAUGCUGCCACAAUCGGUGCUGCGGCCGGAGGCAUUGUCGGUGGUGUUCUACUGAUUGCUGUGGUCAUUGCUAUUAUCUAUUGGAGAGUCAAUGAGAAGAGACGUGCUGCAGAAAAGCAGACAGUAGUCUAUUCGCCGGACAUUGAAGAGAUACCUGAGUUACCGUUCCAGCUGUUCCAAGUGGACAUAUCCUCUCUGAAGAUUGGUAUCAACCUUGGCAAAGGCUCGUUUGGAACCGUGUACAAGGCUGUCUGGCAACCGGAGGACAGGAGUAACAAGGUGCCGGUCGCCCUCAAGGUUCUUGAUGACAAAAGCGCACUUCACCCCAGUAACAAGAUGGUCAUGCUUGAUUAUCUAGAUUUGGCUGCACAGCUUGAUCAUCCGCAUGUUGUACGUACACUGUGUGUGAACAUGGAUGACAGCGUAAUGAUUGGCUACCAGUUCAUGCCGUACGGCUCGCUGCUGCUGUUCAUGCACCAGCGACGACGCUACAUCACAUCCAGAGCCUUGCUUACCUACUGUUAUCAAGUCUGUGAGGGUAUGAUCUAUCUGAUGAGCCAAGGCCUGGUACACAGAAACCUACGAGCUGCCAAUGUGCUUGUUCAUCGGCCUGAUCAAGUACAAGUCGGCGAUGCAGGUUUGGCUGAGGUGGUGGAGAAUGGAGAACAAUUGCUUCCUGUAGAGUGGCUGGCACCAGAAUCAUUGCAGCAGGGUGUGUUCACGUUUAGCAGCGACGUGUGGAGCUUCGGUGUAACCAUGUGGGAGAUCUUGACUUUAGGGUCAGUGCCCUAUGCGGACGAGGCAACGCAAGAUCUCGCCAAGCUACUAAGUAGCGGCACUCGUCUGAAGCAGCCGCGCACUUGCACGAUCGACAUCUACAAGCUUAUGUUACAAUGUUGGAUUGGAGAAGCUAGCGGGAGACCGAAAUUCCCAGAGCUUCUGGACACUUUGAUGCCUAUGGCAGAGGAUUCUGAGCGUUACAUCAUUCUGCGACCCGAGGAGUUGGAUGAGCUCAAUCAUCCUCAGCAGCGUCGUCACCGUCGCCGUACCGACCAGAGUACAACGGGAACGCUGAUGUCAGUGGACGCGGACGACUGGUUCAGAGAUGCGGCGGAAAACUACAACGACGCAUACGAGGACAUAGACAAGAUGCUUGUCGGUGGUAGUGAUGGCUUGUAUGAAGAUCCUGAUCAAGUAGCUGUUCCAGCCGCUGGUGGUCAAGAUGAAAAUCCGUAUGACAACACUACAGCAACAGCAGCAGCAGCGAGCGAUUACGACAACGCCCAGGCUAAUCCCUAUGACAAUGCUAUUCAGAUGGAUGUGAUUGCCAACGGAAAUGCAAGUGCAGUGGCUAUUCCUGAGGGCUACUCUGACGUAGGAAUUGUGCCAGCCGCAGCAUUAGCAGCGGCAGCUCAUAGUCAAGCUAGUGCGAGACAAAAAGACAAGAGGCAGCUAGAAGACUCCACCACUUUCUCCAAUCCAGCCUACAUGGGCAUGCCAGAAGUUGUUGGCACAGACAAGAGUAAAUUUGACGGAACACGAUCACCAGUGACACUUGUAGCCGCGGGCAGCUUUUCAGCACCGAAAUCCAACCAUUUCGAACCUACUCCGGAAGGUUAUGAGAAUCUCCCACCUGCAGAGAAGCUGAACACAGGUACCGCCGCAGCAGCAGCCGGAGGAGCAAUUGGGGCAGGGCCCUAUGCGAAUAUUCCUACAACUGAUCGUCAUCAACAAGCCACUGCUGCUGCUGCUGCGAGCACUAGAAGACCAGUAGUGGAUAGCAGCAGCAAUCAGCCCGACGGGUAUGAGGACGUUCCCAUGGUCGUUACAAACUUCGGCACACCGGCUAAUAAAACUACAGCCAUGGUUGUUAAUAACUACACCACAGCAGCUAAUAACACUAUACCGAAUGCGUACGGAAACAUGACGAAUGGCGGCGCUGCACCGGAUGCACCGGAUGGCUAUGAAGACAUCGGUCCAGUUGCGACGAACACCAUUGCUACACCGGAUGGGUACGAAGAUAUUGGCUCAGUUGCUAUGAACACUAUUCAGCAUGUGAAAGCUGCUGCUGCUGCAGCACCAGUUGAAUCAUCAGAAUGGGAGGCAAGUCCUUACAGCGAUCCCACUCGCCUUAGCGCUUCGCCGGAUAAUGACUGGGACAAUCCAGCAUACGGAUCAGCUGCAGCGCCCCCAAAACCAUCCAAUUAGUGAAACCAUUUUCAAGCACUAAGGAUUUUCAAAUUAGAUUCCAAUACUUCAAUACGUUUCAAAUUUCUCAAGUUUAUGUUAUGAUGCUACAUAGUCUGUCUGGAGAUUAAGUAUGAUGGCACAUAUUAUUGUAGUAUUUUCUGAAAAUGAAAUUAAUAGACGAUUUAUCAUCAAUGAAUGUACCAGUUUCAUUUUCAAGAUCAUUUCGAAGCUUUUUUUAUAUUCCUAAAUUAGGCCCACUUGAGUUCUCACUAAUUCCUAAUUAGCAAAUAUUUACAUGGCUGACUAGCCAUUUUUGCAAUGCCAUCUUGCACACUGGUAAAUCAUGCUACAUCUACAGCAAUUUAAAUUGUUCUUGCGUAUGGCACUAACUAGCUCAUGGAUGUUCCACAUUCAGUAGAACACUGCCGAUUCUCCGUCCUACAACCGGAGCUGUGAA